UACAUGGGGAGAGUAGCAUAAAUUCAUAAACUACACGAAUCAAGUUUGUCAUUUAUAGCGAACUGCUCAGAAAAUGAUGGCUAGAACUUUAUUUUCAAGACUAAUAAUUUCACAGAGUUGUCACAACGUAAUAAUUCAGCAAUUAAAGCUUGCACCAUUUACAUGUAGAACGGCCUCAAUGGUACGUCAGAUAUCCUGCACUGUGUGUAAAUUUGAAGAAAGUGAUUCUGAUGAAAGAAAAGGUCCUAAGAAAACUUCAGAUCCUAAGAUGGAGGGAUGUAAAGGAUAUAUUCCAAGAUUUGUUGAUCCAGAAGAGAGUCUCAGAUACAUGGACAGUGAAGCAUACAAAGAUGUAUAUAAAGACGAACCUGUGUGGAAACCAUAUAGAAAAAAUGCCAAAGGAAAUUUCUAUCCUAAGAUAAGAAAAACAUGCAUAAGGCAGGGUGCUAUAAGUACUGCAAGUCCAUGUCCAAUCUGCCGAGAUGAUUAUCUUGUACUGGACUACAGAAAUAUCAAAUUGUUAAAGCAGUUUAUAUCCGAGAUUACUGGGAAGCCACGUAACCUUAGACAGAUAGGACUAUGCAUGAGACAGUUCAAGAAAUUACAGCUGGAACUUGCUAAAGCUCAGGAUUAUGGUUACAUAGAAAAGUCAUUUCCAUUCAGAAACUAUGAUUAUACAUAUUACUAUAAUCUUGUGAGUAAAAACAAGAUGUCAGAGUCACCAGAGGAUACCUCACAGAAUACAAACAUACCAGCAGGAGAACCGUCACAGAACACAACAGAACAACAGUCAUCACCAUAGAAUAUUUCUUCCAGUGAAAGAUUUUAGUGCUUUUAAAUACUAUCUUUAAAUCUGAUAACAAGAAAUAAUAGUCUGGUAUGGAAUGAUGCAAUUGGCCAUUUAUCUGUCGGGGCACACGAUUUACACACAAGCACUAACAUCUACUAAAUCAUGUGACCUUCACUAAUGUUAUUUCUUACAUUAAAUCAUUGUUGUUUGAACUUGUGAAAUUUGAACUACAAUUGAGUAAAUCGUGGCUGUUGUGACAGUCUACACUUUGAAAAUCAGUGUACUGAGAGAGAACUGGAUUUCAGAUCGAUCAUUAAAAAUAAAAUUUUUCAACCAG